GAAAAUGGCAGUCUUCAUGGAAAAAGCUCAGACCUCUCCACAGACAUAGAGAAGUUGAAAUCUCAAGAGGCUAAUGAAAAGGAUGGUGGAAUACUGCCUAAAGGCCAUCUUUCUUUCCCAACCCCUGCUGAAGGGUCUGUUCAGGGUUUUGCAGACAGUCCUCAUUACAGUGAUCACUUGAAUGACAGUCGAUUAGGGCCUCAUGAAGGAUUGUCCCCGACACCUUUCAUGAACUCAAAUCUGAUGGGCAAAACCUCAGACAGAGGUCCGUUUCCUUUGUAUGGCAGAGAUACAGGCUUGCCAGGCUGUCAAUCUAGUCUGCUUCGGUCUGAUAUGGGGCUUGGGAGUCCAGGUCAGCUGUCAUCCUCUGGAAAACCUGGAACAGCCUACUACCCAUUUUCGGGCACAAAUCAGCGCCGGAGACCACUUCAUGACUCAUCAGCUCUCGAUCCUCUGCAGACAAAGAAAGUAAGAAAGGUGCCCCCUGGUUUGCCUUCUUCU